AUGACUUCAGGUGCCUUGUAUAUUUUUUUUUACUUGAAAUGUCUUUUUCUUGUGGAUCCCGCUCCUUAUGGAAUAUCUAUUUUCCUUGCAAAACCCUCUCCUUAUGAAGUGCCUAUUUUCCUUACAGAACUCUCUCCUUAUGGAGUGCCUAUUUUUCUUGUAGAACCCUCUCCUUAUAGAAGAAUGGUCUUAAUUUCCUUAGACAAGGAUAUCAGUGAGGAACAAUUAGAGGAGUGGCUCCACUACAAUUUGGUUCAAGUAUUUUUUCAUAUUAGAAAAUAUGAUUUUGAUACGUUUGGCCAUUUGCAUUUUUAUACCAAGAUAGCUGCUGCCAAUUUUUUUUAUACAAUGAAAAACGAAGAAAUGAAAGGGGGUCCUUUCAACUGUACCAUUACAUUUGAGAAAGCAAAUUAUUUUAGAACUUCUUUGAAGACUGGUUAUGUAAUUUACAGAAAGCCAGAGCAACCAAUAGCUCUGUCGUUAGUUAAAACGGUCAAAAGACUCAAAGAAAAAUUUGAAGAACUUGAGGCAAGCAAGAGAAAAAAACCUUUUCAAAAUAGAGAAUAA